GGUACCUCUAGGUAUGCAUGUGCUUGUAAGAGACACCCCGAUAUGCAGUUAAUGGGGGAAUCAUUAUUCUCUGUGCGAUAAACGAGGCUCUCUAUUCCAUUCAAGGAAAGACUCAAGUUGUAGGUAGGUACCUUUGCGCUCUUAUCGGACCUCUCUUAUCGUAACUUCCAUUACAAAUCGACUGUACCCAUAUGAAUCUCAUCCUCGGAUUGCGCCAGACCUACGUUGAAUACAAGUGCCUCUAAAGUUUCUCAACACUUCCAUACUUGUUGCAAUCGCCAUGUCCUCUUCUCUCUCUAUGCCGUCAAUUGCUCCCAAGGCUGAAUCCGCUGCUUCGGUUGCCGGCGGAAACACUGCGGCGUCGAAGCCAAAGCCAUGUUGCGUGUGCAAAGAUGAAAAGGCGCAGCGAGAUGACUGCAUGCUCUUCUCUAAGUCGAACGACCCCACGAGCGAUUGCAAACCUAUUAUCGACCAGUACAAGACUUGCAUGGCCGGCUUUGGCUUCCAGAUUUAGGGUCGAGGAUCGACGAGCUAGAACGGUCUCGAUUAUGUAACAGACUGAUGUCUCCAUGUAGACUAUUAAUUGCCGGGUGCUGCCGAGCUUUGAUUAAUUGUUGUACGAUAGAUGGAUAGAGGGUCACAACGG